GUAGUGGGAGAGUCAAAUUGGUUGACCAGUGGAUUGGAAGUUGGCGUGUAUGAACCAAGACAAUGGGCAUGGGACAUCGGGUCUUGGUAUAAGCCGGCACACAUCCAGGAUCAGUUGGUGGGAGAUGUAAAUGACAGAGAACAAAAAUGUGUUAUAAUCAACGAUGGGCUGGAUGAUACGUUUAAUUUGGAAGUGGACUAUUGCCAUUCAACAACACCAGAUUAUUACUAUAUCUGCGAAGCAGGGGCUGAAUCACUAGAGGAAAGACCUGCAAAUUUUGAGACAAGCAUGUUUAUUGGUGGAAACCUAACUGCAGAAAUAUCACGAGUAUACAAUGGAGACCUUGACGCUAUGACAAGCUACAUCGUCAUCUUUAUUAAUGGGAUAGGUGCUCUGCUUCAUGACUACAAACUUGUUCGUCCAAUCAGCACCACUCUUACGCGAGUAUUCUUUUAUGAACAGACACCGUUAGAGUGGUAUGGUGACAAUCGGACUGAUUGCCAAUCCUUGGGGAACACUGCUAGUUAUCAGGCUUCCCAUCCCGAGAGAAGAGCAUGGGACGUGGCACAUUUUGUCGUAAAGAACGUUUGCGGAGCAGUUGGUUGGGCGUGGGUAAACGGUUUGUGUCACAAUAGAAACACUGCUUCUAUAUGCCAGGCAAAUGCGCAUUUCAGUGGACUCAUAUGUGUCGCUCAUGAACUGGGACAUACUAUGGGUAUGAGGCACGAUGUUGACUACACUGGACGUGACGACUGUCGAUUGCCGUCACCAAGAGGAUAUAUGAUGAGUGGUGGAUCUACUGGCUACUCCCCAUGUGGAGCGGAGAGUUUCAUCAAUAGGAUGAGGAUAUUAGGUGCAAAUGCUUGCGUAUAUGACAACGUAUAUGAGCACUAUCAACUACCUAAUAUGGUAGAAGGACACGAACUGCCAGGCCAACGUUUGGAUAUUAAUAAGCAAUGUGAGAAACACUUUGGCUCCAGUUUUACGUACAUGAAAGAUGAUGGCAAUAAGGGAUACAUAUAUGGUACAAGUAGGGGUACCUGUGAUGCUCACAUACAAUGUAUCAACUAUGAUAACUAUGAUAUUAGGACAGCUUUCCGCGUAGGGAACGUAGAAGGAACGUAUUGCUAUGAAAACAAAUGGUGUAGACGGAACACGAGAUGCACGGACUGGACUACAGAUGCUGAUAGAUUGUGGGAAAACCUGGGUCGUCCCCAAGUAGUCCUGGGUACCUGGGGCCAGUGGGGUGCAUGGACUCAAUGUACUUCCACAUGCGGAGGAGGUGUAAGAAAAAGAAUAAGGUCGUGCGAUUCUCCUGCGCCAAAGAACACAAAAUGUCCUGGGAGCUACUACGAGGCAGCACUCUGUAACAAUCAAGAUUGUAAUGCUGAUGAUCAAGACAUAGAGACGGUGGAGCAAGGGAUACGUAAUUUGGGAAGACAAAUAUGCCUCAACCACACUACAAGCUCUGUGUUGACGGGAGACAUAGAGUGGGCAGGACUGGGGGAGGUUGAUGAAGACUGUAAGCCAGGCACAAUGGGUAGACUCUACAUGGGUGAGACUAGUAUGACUGUGGGAGGUAGACCGUGUCAGCGUUGGGAUUCGCAGACGCCGCAUACACACCGAGUAAGAGACUGGCAGGUGCCAGAUGGCUCUUUAGCAGCUGCCGAAAACUUUUGUAGAAAUCCUGACAAUGAGAUAGGUGGGCCAUGGUGUUAUACUACUGAUCCUGGUAGAAGAUGGGAGUAUUGCGGUGUUCCUAUAUGUGGAGGUGACAACCUAUGUGACGUAAAUUGUCGAGUCACGCGCGGAACUGCUGGUUCACACAGGUCAGCAUUUUUCCCAGAUGGCACUGCUUGUAGCUAUAGUGACAUUGGAGCAACGGAGAAAUCAAUGUGUGUAGAAGGAUUUUGUAGGACGUUUGCGUUGCCAUAAGUGAUGGGUGCAAAGUGAUUAAAAAAUAUAAUCAAUAGGUUGCUAAAAUGUGAAUGAAUAAAGAUUUUCAAAAUUGUUUGUGUACAACGGUUUUCAACUCACCCUGUAAUUCACAUCAAUCAUAUAGUUUUAAAUAUUUCGCAUGAAUGACUUGCAAAUUUUUUAUGUGUUAUUUACUGCUUUUUGAAGUAAUAAAACCCGAUCAUCAAGCGACCCUCUAGACAUUUCACGGCCAUUUGUUUUCAUUACUGAACUAUUAACACUUUUGAAUAUUAACUGAUAAAACAGACGUACAUAAUUACG